CAAAAUUAAGUUAUUUCCGCUUUUUUGUGGGGGGACACUUUAGAAAGCUGCACUGAACCAUCACCGCGAGGGCCGCUUUUAAUUCUUUUUACGCCGAACGAGCACAUCAUUGAUGUCCGAAAGGAGGAGAUAUGGAACACCCGCCAUUUAUUUCCGAGGAACUGAGGCAAUUUGUUGUGAACGGCGCUCCCCCUACAGUCUAUUACAUCCCUGCGUUCAUAUCGGAAGAGGAAGAGGCCUACCUCCUUCAGCAGGUCUAUCAGUCACCCAAACCCAAGUGGACCCAGUUAUCCGGCAGGAGAUUGCAGAACUGGGGAGGGUUGCCGCAUCCCAAAGGGAUGCUGGAGGAGAAGAUGCCAGCUUGGCUUCAGGUAUAUUGUCAGAAAGUUUCCUCGUAUGGAGCUUUCGGUGGAAAAACAGCCAACCACGUCCUGGUGAAUGAGUACAAACCAGGAGAAGGGAUUAUGCCCCAUGAGGAUGGACCCCUUUACCAUCCUACAGUCACCACCAUCACCCUGGGCUCGCAUGCACUACUGGACUUUUACACACCUGUCAGCCGGUUGGAUGUCGAUGACGAGGUUGCAACGUUGGAAGGCGACCGCCAUAUCUUCUCGCUUCUCUUGAGGCCACGCAGUCUGCUGGUGCUGCAGGAUGAUGCAUACCGGAACGUUCUCCAUGGCAUCGGGGAUCGCGAGUGCGACAUGCUGGCGGACAAAGUGCUGAACCUGGACGUUGCCAGGGCGCAGUUGGGUGAGACCCUGACGCGAGGGACCAGGGUUUCGCUGACCAUUCGACACGUCCCUAAAGUCUUGAAGACAAAGCUUCUUCUCGGGAGGAAGUGAAUGGGGGGGGGGGGCUGUGGACUGGUCCAGUAGUUGUCACCUUUUUGAGUUAAGGCACUUUUACAUCAUUAGAAAAAGUUCAUGACACACCGCUAAACAAACAAAAAAGUACACUAAAUCCCAGGUAUUGGAUUGAGCCCCACCUCGAAAAAGUAAAAAUUGCAAGUAACUGACAAGGAAAAAUGUUUAGAAUUGCCUAUUGUUAAUAGUUUAAACCAGCAAUAAUCCAUUUGAUCCCCAAACACUUUAUCGCUACGUGGAAGAGCAUUUAAUUGAUCAAGCCUUGACUUGAUUUUAAACGAUAUAUCAUUCUAAAGCCAUAUAUUCCAGUAUGAUGUAAUAUCCUGUCCGACCCUUUGCCGCCAGAAAAGCUCCAACUCUUGUGGGAAGGCUCUGAACAAGAUUUAGGAGUGAGUUUAUGGGAAUAUUUGUCCCAUUGUUCCAGGAGCAUAUUUGUGAGGUCACAUACUGAUGUCUGAUGAGAAGGCCUGGCUCAAUGUCUACUCAAAAUCAAUCCAAAGGUGUUGUGUCAGUUUGAGGAUUCUGUAGGUUGGUCAGGUUCAUCCAUACCAAAUUCUCUCACCCAGGAAGUGGUAAUCCUCAAACUCACUCUCAAAAAUCUCUUGGUGUGCUGAAGCAUUCAGAGUUCCUUUCACACAAUCAUAACAGCGUAAUGGUUGUUCCUUAUGUCAUCUACUGUGUAGAAAUAUGAGGAUCAACAUUACAAACAUAUACUGGUAUUACAUGUACAGUAUUUUACAGAAGGGCUUUAAAAAUAGUUGCCUCAAAUCCAUUAUUGGUAAAUUAUAAAGGUAUUAAAAUUCCAUGAGUUACAUUUUAAAAUGUGACAAACUAUGUACAAGACUAAUAAAAAUAUCCUACCAAUAAAUAUUAAAAUAAUGUUUGGAAAAAGAGUAAGCGAGCACAAGUUGAAAUGUAUAUAACUCUUUAAUAAACUAUCAUUUAACGCUACAGUGACGGAAAUUAUAAAUAUGUCAGAAACAGAAACGAAAUCAAGAUCAAUGUAUUUAAAAAGUUCAUAAAAUAAGAGUUUAAUAUUAUAAUGAACUGUGUAAUUAAGAUGAAUCUGCUGAACUGAUUAGAAAUCAUUUAAGCACUUUAGCUAUGUAUUUAAAUGAGUGGCUAAAGAGAAAUCUGCAAUUAAAAAAGGAGGAACAUUUAUCACCAAUUAUAUUUUGUGUAUUAUUUUUUUUCCUUUUGCAUGAAAUAAAAAAAGUGCAACCCAGUGUGAGAAAUCU